UAUCUCAAUCUCGUCACCUCGUCAGAGUCGUCAGUGCUAUUUGUUACUUGCCAGACGUACUUUCGCUAAAGGAAAAAGUUGUUUCUUUAGGCAUAAAAAAUCGCGUCCUGUACUCCUUAUCCGCGAGUUACCUUGUAUAGAAGUCUUUACUACGUUUACGCGAGCGUUACUUCUGUAGUAACUUACGAUAUAUCACUCGUUUACGCGGAGUAAAUUAUCAUUUUCAGUACUGGCAGUGAAUCUCAUACUCACAAUCAGUGAAUCUGUGAAUAUUGGCGGUUAAGUAUUCUUGGCGGGAAUCUAAUUUGAGGCUAGGUUAUCUCUUUGUUUACAACAAUUAUCUUGCCAUGCAGCCUCGCAUUACGCGAAUGGUCAUUUAAACCAAACUCUCGACGUAUCGAUUCAAGUUUCUCCUGAGUUAAAGUGUUACCGUCGAAAAAGGAUAUAUUGCUCUUUUAUCUUUCAAAAGAUCGACUGAAAUCCUGCUCACCAAAGAGAAAAAACCUAAAGAAGUAAUUUAUAAUUGCAAGUAUAUUUUUUUAUAAACUAUCAGAAAAGAUGCCAGUUCUCGAAAAAUCAGCAAGUGCAUAUUUCAAUCACAAGGGCAAUAAUUCUCAAAACAUGAACAAGUUUCGUAAGCAUCAAGAUACAGCCAUUCCUCCUACAGCCAAAGCAAUACGAGUAAGAAACGUACAAAAUCCAUAUAUCAUGAGAGCUUGUGAAGUUGAAAAGCACAAAGAGACACUCUGUACGAUUCAAUCAAAGUUAAUAAGUUUUAUGAAAACAGAUACUUAUUUGAAGAAGAAAAGAGAUGAGGAAAAUGCCAAAAUUGGUGACACGGUUUUUAUACAACUUAAUCAUCAAGAUGGAAUAAAUUUACCAUCAUUUAUUUGCCGUGGUUUAAUAACUUGUAUUAAAAAGGAUGGAACAUAUUGUAUUCUUUUAGUGGAUCAUGGUACUAGCAUUGAAUUAACUAGGGAUAAACUUCAUAUAUUUCCACAAGAUGUUGUCCCUGAUGCGUAUUUAACGAAAACCGUGGGUGUAUUUGGUGUUUUGCCGAUUUGUAUGAAAAAGAAUGGUGUCGUGUCAAAUGAUUCUAACGCUACUGCAGUUGUUGUAGAAAAGUGGACCGAAGAAGCCAUUCAGUUUACAAAACAUCUUCUCAGCACAUCUGAAAUUGUACACUUUGAUCAUUUAGUCACGGACGAAAGUAAUGGAAGAGAAUACGGAGAAUUUUAUUGUACCAUUGAUAAAACUGUCAUAUUAUUAAGUGAAGCAUUAUUCAUUAAUUAUCAUGCACUUUAUAUAGAAGGAGAUUUAUUGAAGCUUGUUGAAACGUCCACACAACUUAAAGAAAAGUGGUACAUUUUACAUGUAAAGUUUUCAAGAGAUAGAGAAAGAAUGAACAACGCAACAUGUAUUAAUGGACUUAAUAAAUCUCACACAAAAUUUUUUCUCAGUGAGAAGAUUUUGGUACAGAGCUCAAUAGACUGUGAUGCCUUAAGUGACAUUACAGACCUCAGAUAUCCUAAUGGAAUACAUGAGGGUUGGUUUGAGAGCAUCAACUCUACUAGACCAAGAAAACUUCAAUCUUAUAUAUGGCCAGCUAUAAACAACGGUUUAAACGUUGUUGCUAUUGGAUCGUCACAAUGUGGUAAAACGAGCGGAUGCGUAAUGGCUGUUUGUGGUCAGAUAGCUAUACGUAAAAAGGAAACACGUAGUGCAACUCGUCCGUUAGCAUUAAUUUUAUGUGCCUCGUCAUUUGAAGUAAUCUCUGUUCAAUCUUUGUGCCAGUCAUUUCUGCGGUCAUUUAAUAAUAUAAGAUCCGUCGCAGCAUUUAAUGGCAAAUCGGAUAAAUCAGUAGCGGCAAUGAUAUAUAGCGGCUGUCAAAUCUUAGUGACCACACCGCGAUACUUGGCUCGAUUCUUGAAUGAGUACAAAAAUCUAUUGUCAUUCGAUAGACUUUCUUAUUUAGUGCUUGACAAUGCCGACAUAAUUUUGGAUAAAUAUUACAACUCGGUCAGUGAAACCAUUUAUACCUAGGAUUAAUUGCUAUAGAAAAGGA